GGAGAAGCAGGGGGGAAGAAGGACUCUUUCAUGAGAAAGCUAAGGAGCCAACGACACCCUCGAGACAGGAUGUACAAGGCUAUAGAUUCCCAAAAGUCCAGGCUGAUAGAUGAGAGAAGCAACUCCCAGAGCUGUUUGAGAUUGAGUUGAAAUAUUUCCGCUGAAAGACGUUUGGCUAAGGAGCCAUGGAACCGGGAGAGGGGAGCCCUCAGCAGAUAAGGCAAGUGCUGAUUUUCUUUGUUUUCCUGGGAGGGUCUGUGGUGUGUUCAGAGACCUGGCACUAUUCUGUGGCAGAGGAAACGGAGAUCGGCUCUUUUAUAGCCAAUGUGGUGAAAGACAUAGGUUUGGACGUGGAAGACCUGGCCACUCGGAGGGCCAGAGUCAUCUUUGACGACUAUAAAUCUUAUUUGCGAUUGGAUUGGCAGACUGGCAACUUGUUUUUAAAUGAGCGACUGGACCGGGAAGCCCUUUGUGAACCCACUGAGCCAUGUAUAUUGCAUUUUCAGGUAUUAUGUGAAAAUCCUUUGCAAUUUUUUCAGGCUGAGCUUUGGGUCAAAGAUAUAAAUGAUCACACUCCCACAUUCCUAGACAAGCAUAUACUUCUGAAAAUAUCAGAAGGUACUGCUCCAGGGACCUCCUUCCAAAUGGAUGGUGCUCAGGACUUGGAUGUAGGAAAGAAUGGUGUCCAAAACUACACAUUAAGCCCCAACCCUCAUUUCCACCUUAAAUUACAAGAAAAUGAUAAGGGCAGAAAAUACCCAGAGCUGUUACUGAACCAAUCACUGGAUCGAGAAAAGGAGCCUGAGCUUAGAUUAAUGCUGACAGCCUUGGACGGCGGGUCUCCUCCCAGGUCCGGGACGGCGCUGGUUCGUGUUUUGGUGUUAGAUAUCAAUGACAAUGCUCCGAAGUUUGAGAGGCCUGUCUAUGAGAUUCAGGUACCAGAAAACAGUCCUUUGGACUCCUUGGUCCUCAAGCUGUCUGCAACAGAUUUAGAUGCAGGAAUAAACGGAGACCUAUCUUACUCGUUUUCCCACGUCUCAAGGGAAAUACAGAAAACAUUUGAAAUGCAUCCAAUUUCUGGUGAAAUUCAUUUAAAAGCGCUUCUGGAUUUUGAGUUGGUUCAGUCUUAUACAAUAAAUGUUCAGGCUAUUGACGGUGGAAGCCUUUCGGGAAAAUCAACAAUUCUAGUUCGGGUUGUAGAUGUGAAUGACAACCCACCAGGAAUACUCAUGACAUCUCUUACCAGCCCCAUAACAGAAAAUUCGUCGCCUGAGGUGGUGGUCGCUGUUUUUAGCGUACGAGACCAAGACUCUGGGGACAACGGGAGGGUAGUUUGCUCCAUUCAAGAUGAUCUCCCCUUUCUGCUGAAACCCACAUUCAAGAACUUUUACACCCUAGUGACAGAGAGCCCCCUGGACAGAGAGAGCCAAGCCGAGUACAACAUCACCAUCACCGUCACCGACCUGGGGACACCCAGGCUGAAGAGCCAGCACAGCAUCUCCGUGCAGGUCGCCGACGUCAACGACAACGCCCCGGCCUUCAGCCAAAGCGCCUACACCCUGUGGGUCCGCGAGAACAACAGCCCCGCCCUGCACAUCGGCAGCGUGAGCGCCACCGACCCGGACUCGGGCGCCAACGCGCGGGUCACCUACUCGCUGCUGCCGCCCGGCGACGCGCGCCUGCCGCUGGCCUCGCUGGUGUCCAUCAACGCGGACACCGGGCAGCUGUUCGCGCUGAGGCCCCUGGAUUUCGAGGCGCUGCGCGCCUUCGAGUUCGGCGUGGGCGCGGCCGACGGCGGCUCGCCGGCGCUGAGCAGCCGGGCGCUGGUGCGCGUGCAGGUGCUGGACGCCAACGACAACGCGCCCGUCGUGCUGUACCCGCCGCAGAACGGCUCUGCGCCCUGCACCGAGCUGGUGCCGCGCGCGGCCGACGCGGGCUACCUGGUGAGCAAGGUGGUGGCGGUGGACGGCGACUCGGGCCAGAACGCCUGGCUGUCGUACCAGCUGCUCAGGGCCACGGAGCCCGGGCUGUUCGGCGUGUGGGCGCCCAGCGGCGAGGUGCGCACGGCCCGGCUGCUGAGCGAGCGCGACGCGCCCAGGCACAGGCUGGCGGUGCUGGUGCGCGACCACGGCGAGCCGCCGCUGUCGGCCACCGUCACGCUGCACGUGCUGCUGGUGGACGGCUUCUCGCAGCCCCACCUGCCGCGGGCCGAGGCGGCGGCCGAGCAGGCGCGGGCCGAGCCGCUCACCGUGUCCUUGGUGGUGGCCCUGGCGGCGGUGUCGUCGCUCUUCCUGCUGUCGGUGCUGGGCGUCGUGGCGGCGCGGCUGUGCGCGAGGGCCCGGGCGGCGUCUGGGGGUGGCUGCUCAGGGCCCGGGGGCGGCCUUGCGGGCCACCUGGUGGACGUGAGCGGCGGCGGGACGCUGUGCCAGGCCUACCGCUAUGAGGUGUGCGUGUCGGGAGGCUCGGGAACCGGCGAGUUCAAGUUCCUUAAACCGGUUUUUCCCAGCCUCCAGCCCCAGGACGCUGAAAGGGAGGAAAACCACACCUUUAUGAAUGGCUUUGGUUUCAAUUAGGGAUAUGAUUCUAUUGCAAAGCUUUUAGAAUAAGUAUUAUUUGUUUAUAAAAUUUAUUGAUUGUAAUGUAAGCUUUUUUAUUUGGGUGACUUCAUUUUACUUGAAUUUUCAGAAAUUUCAGUAAUUUGUCUAUUUUCUGCUUUUCUUUAUGCUUUAAAAAAAACCGAAAAGAGCUAGAAUUUGCCUAGCCUUUCUUCCAAAAUGCAACCUAAGUAAUUUAGAUAUAUGGCAUUUUCCCUUCAAGCUUAAUUGCACACUGGGCCCAGUCAUAUAUUCUCUGGGUAUUCUGUGCUCUAGAUCCUCUCAUCAAAAGUUUUUAUAUGUCUGAUACUAUUAUUUUAGAGGAAAAUGAAUGGUAUGAACAAAAGCAUGCAUAGUUUUUAAGAUGUUAUUUUAGAUUUUUUAGAAAACAUAUAAUCAAUCUUUGCGUUCUAUUUUUUCCUGUCAAUUAUUUCAGUCUUUUUCUGCAUUUCAGCAUUUUUCUUAUAAAUGUUUUGUUAACUGGU